CUGAGGACAGACUCCAGUAGCUCUCCUUUAUUGCACACCCACGCUGAGCAAAAUGUCUUGGGAUUAUUUUGGAUUUUCCCGCAUCAUAAGAAACACGGAAAAUCAAUCACCUGCAUCGGCUCUCAAUAAUGCAGCAGACAUCUCCGUUAUUGUUGCUUACUUUGUGGUUGUCCUGGCUGUGGGAGUAUGGGCUAUGGUCCGCACCAAUCGAUCCACUGUGGGUGGCUUCUUCCUUGCAGGGAGGAGUAUGGUGUGGUGGCCGAUCGGGGCCUCACUCUUUGCUAGCAACAUUGGCAGCGUCCACUUUGUAGGGAUUGCUGGUACUGCUGCUGCCGCUGGCAUUGCCAUUUGUGGAUUUGAAUGGAACGCUCUUGUUCUUAUGGUCAUUCUAGGAUGGCUGUUUGUACCAAUCUACAUCAAAGCAGGGGUGGUCACCAUGCCCGAGUAUCUGAAGAAGAGGUUCGGAGGACAGCGUAUUCGUAUUUAUCUCUCCGUGCUCUCCCUCUUGCUGUACGCUUUCACUAAGAUCUCUGCCGACAUGUUCUCUGGUGCCAUUUUCAUCCAGCUGGCUCUUGGACUGAACAUCUACGUUGCUGUUAUUGCUCUACUGGCAAUUACUGCGCUAUACACCGUCACAGGUGGACUGGCUGCAGUGAUGUACACAGACACCUUACAGACCAUCAUCAUGCUUAUUGGAUCCUUCAUUCUCAUGGGUUUUGCUUUCAACAAAGUGGGAGGCUAUGAAAAUAUGAUGGACAGGUACAUGACUUCAGUUCCCUUAAUCACCGGUAACAUCAGCGCAGAGUGCUACCAGCCUCGGGAAGACGCCUUCCACCUUUUCAGGGAUCCAAUAAAUGGAGACCUGCCCUGGCCUGCCCUGAUAUUUGGACUCACCGUUCAGACAAUCUGGUACUGGUGCACUGAUCAGGUGAUUGUCCAGCGUUGCCUCUCAGCCAAGAAUCUCUCUCAUGUUAAAGCAGGUUGCAUUUUGUGUGGUUACUUGAAGCUGUUGCCCAUGUUUCUCAUGGUCUUUCCUGGGAUGAUAAGCAGGAUCCUCUAUCCAGAUGUGGUGGCAUGUGUGGACCCAGAAGAAUGUCAGAAAUACUGUGGCUCUAACGUGGCAUGCACAAACAUUGCUUAUCCCAAAUUGGUCAUAGAUCUUAUGCCAAACGGUCUGAGGGGUUUGAUGCUGGCUGUGAUGUUGGCCUCUCUAAUGAGCUCCCUCACUUCAAUAUUUAACAGUGCUAGUACUCUCUUCACCAUGGACAUUUACACUAAGGUCCGUUCUCGUGCCAAAGAGAGGGAACUGAUGAUUGCUGGCAGGGUGUUUAUUGUGUUCCUCAUUGGUGUGAGCAUAGCUUGGAUCCCAGUGGUGCAGUCAGCCCAGAGUGGUCAGCUCUUUGACUACAUCCAAUCAAUCAUCAGCUAUCUAGCUCCACCUAUUUCUGCUGUCUUCCUUCUCGCCAUCUUUUGCAAGAGGGUCAAUGAAGCUGGUGCCUUUUAUGGACUCAUCGUUGGUCUGAUUGUAGGUCUGACUAGGAUGAUCACUGAGUUUGCCUAUGGGACAGGGAACUGUGUUAGCCCUAGUGAUUGUCCUGCUAUCAUAUGUGGAGUGCACUACCUGUACUUUGGGCUCAUCCUGUUUACUAUCACCUGCAUCGUUAUAGUUGGAGUUUCUCUCAUAACCAAACCCAUCGACGAUAAGCAUUUGCAUAGACUGUGUUGGAGUCUGAGGGACAGCACUGAGGAGAGAGUCGACCUCGAACAGGAUGACUGGGUUAACGAUGAGGAGGAUGAAAAGAAAAUGGAAGAACCUGAGGAGGAACCAGGAUUCUGCAAGAAAGCAGUAAUGUGCUUCUGUGGAUUGGAGAAGACAAAAGCACCAAAAAUGACUGAAGAGGAGAAGGCAGAGAUGAAGAGAAAGCUCACAGAUACAACAGAAGAACCUCUCUGGAGGAACGUUGUUAAUGCAAACGCCAUCAUUCUUCUGGCUGUGGCUGUGUUCUUUCAUGGAUACUUUGGUUAGACAAACUCAGCAUUAAAUACUACUAAAUAUAAUAUAUUUUUUAGUAACAGCAGUAAGCAUGGUAUAAAAUAUGACCAAAAUAUCAAUUUGCCUGUAACUCUCUGAUACAACCUAGGGUACUUUCAAAUCUCUGAACUCUGUAUAUUUUAGCCUGCAUUGUAAGGUCAGUACUGAUGCCACACAAGACAAAAUAGCGUUUUUACUGUAUUUGUCAUCUUUAGUAAACCAGUGAAUCAAGUUAUAUCAUACACAUAAAACUUGUUAAAAGGAUAUAAUUGUAAUACUCAAACAUUUGUUAUAACAUCCUUCCCGUUCCUGUUUGAUGUGCUUGAAAGACCUGCAAGGAAGACUCUUGAUCAGAUGGUUGAACAAUUUCAGUUGUCUACUUUUGACAAGUAAUUAUCUCUGGAGACAGAGCUUGUUUUUUAUUUCAGAGAGUGACUUUGACAAUCUAAGGUACCCAAAUUCUGUUGUUCUUUCUGUCAUAAUUUGUACAUGUUGGUCAUAGAUGAGGGCUCAAAUUUAGGCUGACUGGUAAAUCAAGAACUUUUUAGGUUCAGCCCUUUCUUUGGCAUGACAGACCAGAGGAACAUUUGAGUAUGAACCAGGAGAGCACCUCAAGCAAGCUACAUAUGUUUAGAUCAUCGACCGCAAAGGGUUUGAAAUUGUGUGUUUGAGGUUUCUUCACCUUAAAAAUUCAGUUCACCCUGUCCAGUGUAAAACAACAGUCUUAGAUUAAGAAAAGAGGCUGCCUAACACUCGACUGACAACCACUCCAGUCCACAAUGAAGGCCAUGGCUUGAAGACACCAACAGUCCCACAUCAUCUGCAAAAAGGAUGUUGGGACGUUGGAAAGGAGACGAUGUCUGACGUUGUCCUUUCCAACAUCAUACAGUAAACUUUCACAGAAGACUGACAAGUGUUACCCCUCACUGCUUGGAACUUUUUUUCUUAAAAGAAAUAGGACCAACCCAGUCUGGCGGUGUGUGUGUGUGUGUGUGGUCCUGAUCUCCGUAAGGCACAUAGAGGCCAGCAUAAAGUCUUUCUCAAUUGCCUUCUCUAUUUACAUAUUAUAUAAAAUUAUUGUAAAUUUGUAGAUAUUCCCAGAUGACUGCACAUCUUAAUGUUUGUUUUUGUUGUUGGUUUUGUUCAAAAGAGUUGGACUGUACUUGAGAAAAGCUCAUAAAUUAUAAUGAGCUCCAAGUUGGCUCCUGUUUAUUUUCUUAAAAAGAGAGCACAUUUACACCGUUUUUGUUCAACAUUGCACUGAGAUUAAAAUUUUGUUUAAAAAAUGCACAUGUACUCUUAAUUGUGAUUAUUUUUAAAAAGUGCUCAAGAUGUUUAUCAAUGAAUAUAUAAAUGCUUUUUUAUUGUCGAGAACGCUGAAGGUUAUAUAUGAUGGGAUUAUGUAACACUGGACCCUGAAUGAAGGUUUAAUAAAAUACAAACAGCAUAACACAAAAAAAAAAAUCUGGAAAAAAACUGUAAUAUUUAACCACUGAAGGACGAAUGAAAUGUGCUCAGGAAGUACAGCUGUGCUGCCUCAAUAAAUCCCAGCUGUUUUGUCGA